AUGGAGCUCAGUUCACUGCCUGUGAUGCUCUAUCUGAAAAGAAUUCAGCAAUAUGCAGUGGAUGUGACUCUGACUCUGGAUCCUGAUACAGCUCAUCCUGAACUCAUCCUGUCUCAAGAUGGGAAACAAGUAAGACAUGGAGACUUGUGACAGAAUCUCCUUCAUAACCCAGAGAGGUUUGAUUAUUGUGCCUGUGUACUGGGAAAGGAAGGAUUCUCCUCGGGGAGAUUUUACUAUAAGGUGCAGGUCAGUGGGAUUACUAAGUGGGAUUUAGGAGUGGCCCAAGAGUCUGUCAGCAGGAAAGGGCAAAUAAUAACCAGCCCUAAGAAUGGAUACUGGACGGUGUGGCUGAGAAACAAGAUUAAAUAUGAGGCUUGUGAUUCUCCCCCUGUUCCCCUCUCCUUGAAACAGGCUCCCCAGAAGGUGGGAGUGUUUGUGGAUUAUAAAGCAGGUCUGGUCUCCUUCUAUGCUGUUGAUGACAUGUCUCUUAUUUACUCUUUCACUGUUCAGACUUUCACUGAGAAACUUUAUCCAUUCUUCAGUCCUUCACGCAAUUAUCAUGGUAAAAACUCAGCACCACUGAUCAUCAUGCCUCUUACACAAUUGACUUGAACUGUUUACUUUAACAUUACCACAAACAAUACACUAUCAGAGAAGUUUUACUGAAAUUACUGAGGGACAUACUAUUUUAUUUAACAUGUUUAAUUUAUAAAAUUGUGAUGAAAGAAUAAAAAUAUUUUGUUAACAAAUAAAUGCUUAUCUGUUAUCUCUUCUAUUUGAAAAUUCAUAGUCUAUAGUAAGUUAAUAUAAUCUUGGCAAACCAAUAUUUUGUCAGUCUAAAUUUAAACUAAAAUGAUAGUAAAAGUUUCCUGCCAAUAGCAUAUCUUUUUAUUAGGUUUACCUGUAUAUAAUUUUCUUGACUUAACAACACAUGCUCCAUCAUGAGUGUACUGUAUAAGAUUUAUGGUCACUUGUCCAAGCACUUAAUAUGUUUGGGCUCCUAACAGUCCUCAUCAAUGAUCCCAAUGUUGCCUCAACCAUUGUUUUUAGAGUACAUGCCUGAGCUCAUAUAUAGUCUCAUAUAGUAUUCCAGUAUCAACUUGAAGAAAGAGUAUGGUUGCUACCCAUGACCUCUGACAGCCACAUGUGUGCAAGAAAUUUAGUUUCACAUACACUGACCCUUUUCAGAAUAUACAAACAAGUAAACAAAGCAGCCUACAAGCUGUAUCUCCCUUGUCAUUUCUACCAAAACCUUGAAAUAAAAUUCCCAUCAUGCAACUUGGAACAUUUUCCACACUAGUUUUCACUACCAACAAACAUUUUCUAUAGAGUUCCUUGUUCUGAAGUGUAAGCUAAAUCUCUGAACUAUCUCACUGGGCUACUGGUAGCUUCUUUCAGUUGGUUUUGUGGAACUGAGAAGGUUGGUUUUGUUUAACCUUAUCUUUUUAUUUGCUUUAAUAAAUUGUUCCAGUAUCAUACAAUACUCUUUGAAUGUCUGAGCCUUUACAUCAAAUGCUGUCAGUGAUCCAAUAGUUCCUGUAGACAUAGUUUGUUUGUUUAAUUAUUUAUUUGUUUAUUUAUCUGUUUAUAAUGGUUUCUCUGCAGUCCUUAUUUCCUUCAAAUACCUUGUUAACCACAUUUUUGUACAAAAUAACCACAAAAUAAAUCCCAUCUUAAUCCAAAAAUGUAGUGUCUUGUGCAAAGUUCAGCCAACUUAAUAAAUGUUGGAUGACUUAAUAAAAAAAUUAAGGUCUUUCAGCCUCACAAAGCACUGCAUGGGCUUUCUUCCUUUUUAGCCAAAGAACUCUUCUGCUUCUCUUACAGUAACAGAUGAGAGCUUAUUAACAACAGUAUGCACACAUUGACACCUAGUGGUCAUUGCAGGAUUUUUUCCUUUACAUUAAUUGCAUUUUCCUCAGCAUACCACAGAACACUAAUCACAUUUUAAUCUCUUUCUCUGUCUAACCACGCUAGCAGGGUUAUACUUGUUUAUAACUACAGUAUGUGUCUAUUACCACACUACUUUUACAUUUCUGUACAAUGUGUCUCAAGAAGACUCAAACCUAAUGAAAAAUCUGCAUUGUGUAUUUUCUUGCUCUUCAUGCUGUAGAGGAGCUACACAGGUGACAAAGUGUCCAAUGUUGAUUAUAAAAUCAUCUCCAGUCAAGUACCAAGCAUCACCACAGCAUGAGUCACAGGCCUUAGACAUCAUCACACCCCUAGUCUGCUAGAACUUUAAUGUAAAUAAGUCUGACCUCAUUACAAAUGUAUCUCAACCUCAAUGCACAAUGAAUUCAUUCAAAAACAUACAAAAACAAACUUUACAAACCAAAAAAAAAUUGGAUUAAAAGGACUAUUUUUGCAUUGCAUUCAAAUUUAAAUAAAUAAAAACAGUACUGCUGAUGCUCUAACAUAUUAGCUUGACAAAACAUUUAUGCAUUGCUAGUCAGAUCAAUUAUUUGGGUAUACUAUGUUGUGCCAAGUGUUAGUCUUAACAGAUCAGUUUUAAUGUGUUACAUGAAAAAAACUGCCAAGUUGGUAUCUGUGUCCA